AUGUCGAACGCGGACAUGGCGACUUCGGAGGCCAAAAUCUCUCCACCUUCGCGGUCCACGACUAGUAAUGCGAAUGUUACAAAGCGGCUGCAAACUGAGCUCAUGAACUUAAUGAUGUCGUCGACGCCCGGCAUCUCCGCCUUCCCUAACGACGAGAACCUCAUGAAGUGGACCGCCACCAUCGACGGCCCCGAAGACACGCCCUACGCCGGUCUCAGCUUCAAGCUCAGCUUCGAGUUCCCUACCACCUACCCGCUCACGCCGCCGACCGUCCUCUUCAAGACCCCCAUCUACCACCCCAACAUCGACUUCUCGGGCCGCAUCUGCCUCGACAUCCUCAAGGACAAGUGGAGCGCCAUCUACAACGUGCAGAGCGUGCUGCUGAGCUUGCAGAGCCUGCUCGGCGAGCCUAACAAUGCGAGCCCGUUGAACGGACAGGCUGCCGAGCUGUGGGACAGCGACCCAGCCGAGUACCAGCGCCUGGUGCUGGCGCGCCACCGCGACGACGAGGAAACGGAGCUAUAG